AUUGACAUCGAAUUAUUUAAUAUUGAUAGUGAACAAAAUUGGAUUAAAACCAGUAUUUUAGCUAAUUUCCUUUUAUAAUUAAGGUAAAUUAUGUAUUUAGUACAAAUUACAUUAAUUAGAUUGGAAACAACUACGUAAAAUUGACAGUGAAAGAACCAAACCAGCUGUGUGUCCGAUACAGACAACAAAGCAAAGGUAUUUCCUACGGUCCAAAUUAAUUUCCCACCUCUAUUUACGACUUUUCUACUGAUAAUAAUAAUUACUGGAAAAUUAAAGAAGAAGAAAAAAGAAAAAAAGAAAAAAAAAAGAAGAGAUGGGAAGUUCAUCUUCAUCAUCCACCAUAGCUCCUCUGCUUCUGAGAAAUCUGGUCACUGCAAUUUUCAUCCAUGCAAACAAAUCCUUAAUUUCCUUUUCACACAAGUACAAGUUUCUCGAGCUUUUACGCUGUUUUAUAGUCUCGGUUUUUCUCUUCUUCCUCGGCCUUUUGCCUUCUUUCUUCUCCUGUUUGUCCCCUUCUCAGCACAACGAAUAUUCCUCCAGUUGCCCUAAUUUUACGUCCAGGAGGGACGACGACUGUUAUGGCGGCGGCUCAGGUGUUUCGAGGGCUUUGUCCCAGCUAUUGUCGAUAAUGAACGAUAUUCCGGUGAGUUCUAGGAAAUACGAAGUGGUUAGAUCGUUGGCCGAGAAGCUAAUCGACGAGAAUUUAUUGGAGAAUAAUCGAGCCUUGAGGGAGGUUAACUGCUCCGUGCUGUCGGUGGCUUUCGCGAGAUCGCUGAGUCAGCUCGAGGCCGCUCUGGCGGAGCAGGGGCGGAGGAGCUCCGGCGAUGGCGCCGGAGACUCCGCGGCUGGGGAGGGCGAUUUGUACGAUUGCAGCGGCAAGGGGAGCCGUUUAAUGAAGGGGGUUAAGUACUAUGGAGUCGCGGCGUGGCGGUACGCCAAGUCGAGGAGUAGUGAGAUGAGGCGUUGUUCGGGUGAGAAGCUGGCUGCGGAGCUGCUGUGGCUGGCUCAGAAGAUGGCGGCGUCUGGCUGUGCGGAAGAAGCUGUUUGUAAGUGGGCUUCGGCUUCGAACUUGGCUUGGCUCGCUUUAUCGGCUGAGCCGCGGCUUCAGGGCUCCCUCGUCAAGGUCUCAGCAUUCUUGAUCAAGCAAGCAAAAGAAAUGGGGAAGGAAGAAGAAGAAGAAGAAAAAGAAGAUCAAGAAACGAACACACCAUCAGAAGAGCAACAUAUAAGACAAACGAAGAUGAAAAUGCUAAUGUCGUGGCUGCCCCUGCUGUGUCGGGCCAACAACGGCACUGAUGCACCGAUUCUAAGUAUGGGGGAAAGGGCAGAAAUGGAAAGAAUAUUGGAAGCAAUUAUCUCGACUUUGCGGGAAGAAGAUGAGCAAGAAUGCGUGUUGUCUCUUUGGCUCCACCACUUCACCUACUGCCCCGCUUCCGACUGGCCCAAUCUCCGCUCUUGUUACACUCGAUGGUAUAGUGUCACCCGUGCCAGGCUCGUCUUAUCUUCUGUUUAGCUCUGAGGAAAAAAAAAACGAUAAUUUGGAUUCUCCAUUUCAAUUCUAUGUUUUUGUUUAAGUAGGAUGAUCACAAGAUUUUCGAUUAUAACCAAAGAAGAAAUGACACUUUCAAGUGUAUGAAUUGAAGAUAUAUUAUUGUUUUGUAAGUUUUGAUAUACUUAGCUAGAAGGAAAUUUCAUGUAGAGGAGUUAGAUGAUAUA